AUGAAGCUGUGGCACGCUUUCUGUACUGCCAUAGCCGUUGCAGGCGUGGCGGCUCACUCCACAGCUCGAGACUGGCCUUUACACGACAACGGCCUCAACGAGGUCGUCCAAUGGGAUCACUAUAGUAUCAAGGUAAACGGGGAAAGAUUGUUUCUUUGGUCAGGGGAACUGCAUCUGUGGCGUAUCCCUGUGCCCGAUUUAUGGCGUGAUAUCUUCGAGAAGAUCAAGGCAGCUGGUUUUAACGGAAUCGGUCUGUAUGAGCACUGGGGAUGGCAUGCGCCGAACAAUGAGACCUUGGAUUUUGAGACAGGCGCCCAUGACUUUGCCAAAGCAUUUGAGAUCGCAAAGGAGAUUGGCCUUUAUGUCAUCUAUCGACCUGGCCCCUACAGCAACGCUGAGGCCAACGGCGGAGGCUUCCCCGGCUGGCUGACUACCGGAGAAUAUGGCCCGCUCCGCGAUGACAGCGAAGAAUACACCAAGGUCUGGACCCGGUACUCCGAAGCUGUUGCAGAAUAUGUCCGGCCAUAUCUCAUCACCAAUGGAGGGCCUAUCAUCUUGUGGCAGGUCGAAAAUGAGUAUGGCGCUCAGUGGCUUGACCCUGAGUUGAACACACCCAAUCAAACUGCCAUAAAUUACAUGCAGCUCCUUCAGGAUAGCCACAGAGAGUGGGGAAUUGAUGUUCCUCUGACUCACAACAACCCUAAUAUGUGGACGCGAUCCUGGUCCAAGGACUACAGCAACGUAGGUGGUGAGGUCGACAUGUACGGUCUCGACCACUACCCAGCAUGCUGGACUUGCGAUCUGGACCAGUGUCUACCUGUCAACGGUUACGUGGAGCCCUACACCGUGUUUGAUUACUACGAUCACUUCCAACAGGUCUCAUCCACCCAGCCCUCAUUCCUUAUGGAGUUUCAAGGAGGCUCAUUCAACCCUUGGGACGGACCUGAGGGUGGCUGUAAGGAAAAUAUGGGGCCUCGUUGGGUCAACCUAUUCUUCCGCCACAAUCUGGCACAGAAGGUAUCUGCAGUCAAUAUUUACAUGCUGUACGGAGGGACCAACUGGGGCAACAUUGGCUUCCCAGAGGUCGGCACAAGCUAUGACUACUCGGCACCAAUCCACGAAAACCGUCUGAUCGGCGACAAGUACAACGAAGGCAAACUCUUCGGUCUCUUCAUGCGCUCUGCACGCGACUUCUCCAAAGUCGAGCGAGUGGCAAACGGCACGAAGCACGCUACAGACAAGGAUAUCUUCACAACUGAGCUCCGGAACCCGGACACCGGCGCUGCUUUUUAUGUCAUCCGCCAUGAAUACUCCCCUUCCACGGAGCUGACCAAGUUUCGUCUCGAUGUUACCACCGAGGUUGGCAAAUUGACCGUCCCGAGCAAAGGAUACAUUACCAUCAAUGGAACGGAGUCAAAAGUUCUGGUAACUGAUUUCAGUAUUGGUUCCUCUGGCAAGAAGGUUACAUACGCCACCUUGGAAAUCCUCGCAGUAAGCGACCUAGGGGAUCGUCAGGUCGUUGUGUUCUGGGCCCCGGCAGGCGAGCAGGGCGAGUUCCUACUGAAAGGCACAAAGUCGGGCCAGGUUGCGGGCAGAAACGCCGGCAACGAGACGCUAACGAAGACUCGGAAUGGGGUAGUGGCGAACGUGGUCACAGGCAGAGAGAAGACCGUCAUUGAUUACAACAAUGAUGUCCAAGCCGUAGUAGUUGACCGCCAGUCGGCGUACAAGUUCUGGGCUCCCACAUUGGAUAAUAACCCUCUGGCUUGGGAGAACUCUACCGUUCUCGUCCACGGGCCCUACCUUGUUCGCAAGGCCGAAAUUCGAGGCAACACAAUCCACGUUACGGGCGACUGGAGCGAGGAGACCGACCUCGAGAUCUGGGCCCCGAAGAAAGUCAAACAUGUCACAUUCAAUGGCUCGAAGCUCAAAGUCACCGAUUCCAAGUACGGCAGCUUGAUCAGCACUCUUCCUGCCGCCGAUUUUACCAUCGAGAGCCUUACUGUCGAGCUGCCACCCCUUACUGACUGGAAGGUUGCUGAGAAUCUCCCAGAGAGACUUGCAGAUUAUGAUGACUCCAACUGGACCAACGCUGAUCAUAUGCAAACUCUCCACUUCAUUCCUCCUGAUACAUACCCCGUUCUGUUUGCCGACGAAUAUGGCUACCAAGCUGGUAACAUCCUCUGGCGAGGCCGGUUCAACGCUUCAGACGAAGACACGCCCACGGGUGCUUACCUCCGGAUUAUUGGGGGCCUUGCCAGCGGGUUUUCAGUUUACGUUAAUGGCGUAUUCCUCGGGUCCUGGCAUGGGUCAAUGGCCAAUAAGACGGGGGAGCUAGAGGUGUCCUUCCAGGAGGUCCAGCUCAAGACAAAGGAGGAGAAUGUCCUGUUUGUCAUUCAGGAUACCAUGGGCAAGGAGCAGCGUGAGGCGGCACCAGAUCCACGAGGCAUUCUCAACGCUACAUUGUAUGCCGCGGAUGGCUCUGCCGCAAACUUUUCCUCGUGGAAGGUGGCCGGCAACGCUGGUGGAAACCAUCUCCUGGAACCGGUCCGUGGCACGUACAACGAAGGCGGCCUUCAUGCGGAGCGCCUUGGCUGGCAUCUUCCCGGCUUUGAUGACAGCGAGUGGAAGUCCGGGAUACCCGGUGAGGGAUUUACCGGGGCUGGGGCACGCUUCUACCGAACAGUUGUGCCGUUGAAGAUUCCGAAGGGGUAUGAUGCCAGCCUGGCUUUUCAACUGCAUACCGAACAUAAAGCGAAGCUUCGGGCUCAGCUCUAUGUCAAUGGGUAUCAAUUUGCAAAGACCUUGCCCUAUAUCUCGAACGAAACAACCUUCCCUGUGUUUCCCGGUAUCCUCAACUAUAACGGUGACAACACUAUCGGCCUUAGUAUUUGGACGAUGGACGAAGCUGGGGGGUCAGUUGAGGUCGAAUGGAAGGUAUUGGGUGUGCAUCGAUCGGGCUUUAAUCCCCUCUUCGAUGGCGAGUACCUUAGACCUGGGUGGAAGGAUCGCUCCGAAUACGCCUGA